GUACUUCCGAGUUAGGCAAUAGCCUGAAGCCGGCUGCAUUAGGCGGCCCAUUAGGGCUUUGCUUGAAAGCCCCGCCUUUGUUUCGGUCUUUCUAGAAAGCCCGCUUCGAUCUCGGCGUUGCGGGACAGGUAUUUCCCGACUGCCGUGGUGUCUUUGCGGCAGUGUGUUGCACAGUGUCCGGCGAAACCUUGCCCUCUGGAGUCUGGAAGUUCCUGCAAGGCGCGGCGGGCCUGUGGCACCCGGCAAAGAAACCAGUUACCCGGGGCGCGGUCCCGGCGCUGACGUUCUGUCACUUCUUCUUGCUCCGCGAUUACAGCGUAGCAGACGCGAAUUUGUCUCCCAUGGCUGAUACGACCCCAAACGGCCCCCAAGGGGCGGGCGCUGUGCAAUUCAUGAUGACCAAUAAACUGGACACAGCAAUGUGGCUUUCUCGAUUGUUCACAGUUUACUGCUCUGCUUUGUUUGUUCUACCUCUUCUUGGGUUGCAUGAAGCAGCAAGCUUUUAUCAACGUGCUUUGCUGGCAAAUGCUCUCACCAGUGCUCUGAGACUGCAUCAGAGAUUACCACACUUCCAGUUAAGCAGAGCAUUCCUGGCCCAGGCUUUGUUAGAGGACAGCUGCCACUACCUGCUGUAUUCGCUCAUCUUUGUCAAUUCUUACCCUGUGACAAUGAGUAUUUUCCCAGUCUUAUUAUUCUCUUUGCUUCAUGCUGCCACAUACACGAAAAAAGUCCUUGAUGCAAAGGGUUCAAAUAGUUUACCUCUACUGAGAGCUGUCUUGGAUAAAUUAAGUGCUAAUCAACAAAAUAUUCUGAAAUUCAUUGCUUGCAAUGAAAUUUUCUUGAUGCCUGCUACAGUUUUUAUGCUUUUUAGUGGCCAAGGAAGUUUGCUCCAGCCUUUUAUAUACUAUAGAUUUCUUACGCUUCGAUACUCCUCUAGAAGAAAUCCUUAUUGUCGGAACUUGUUUAAUGAACUGAGGAUUGUUGUUGAACAUAUAAUAAUGAAACCUGCCUGCCCGCUGUUUGUGAGAAGACUUUGCCUCCAGAGCAUUGCCUUUAUAAGCAGACUGGCACCAACAGUUGUGUAGUUUAACAUUUAGUUAAGCUAUGUACAUAAUAUAAGCAUUAUUAGCAGCUGGUACUUCUACUAGGGGUCAAAAAUUCCAGGUCUUAAAAUGACCACAAUCCAAUUUACGUAACUUAAAUAAUUGCAUCUCAUUGGAAAAGUAAUCAUUUCCCUGGCAUGUUAAAUCAAGCCUUUUUAAUAAAAGUUUCAGAAAAUUUUACUGUGCUCUGUUGCUAAUGGAAAGGGGAGUUUGUAUCUAGUGGUAAAUAUACCAAAUUUUUUUAGAUGCUGCUGUGCCUGUAUCAUGAAAUACAUUUAUUUCUUGUAAAGUUCUGAAAUUUGUUUCACUCUAAUUAAUAAUCUUGAGUUUUUAUCUAGCAUGAGUUCAGAAUAAUAAUAACGUGUUAAUUCAGUGUAUUUUGAGACAGUAUUCUUUUGCCAUUCAGUAAUUUUCAUUGAUGCCUUUAACAAAUUAUUCUCACUGUAAUUUUAUUUCAAAUUGUUACUGACUUUGCUGCCUUGCUAGGACAGCUGUUAGGGUUCAUGUAACUAUUUUAUAUCAGAAAGUAGUAGUGACAGCUUCCCUUUUAGAGACUCAUUGAGUAACAUUCGUCAAUCAUAAAAUCUUUUUACAAACAUGAACCAGAUAGGUUAUUAGUAUAAUUAUAGUUUGUGGAGUUAUCAAGUUCAGAUUCUUGACUCUAGUUUUUGGGUCUCUUAGGCUUGAAUUUUUCUGGACAGUUGCAGCAGUUAAGAGUCCAUAUGAAAGAAAUGUAACUAAAGAUUGAGAAUAUGUGACUGGGCCUAGGGUUUAGCUCAGGAGCACAAGCGCUUGACUGACAAAUGUGAGGUGAGUUCAAUCUCUGGUACCACAAUCAGAGAGAGAAUACAUGACUAGUGCUCAUGUGUGUUCUAAAAUAAUAAAGAUAUUCGGUAGAUUACAUAUUUUCCCAUCAAAUUUCACUUAAAAGGUUAAAUGGAAAAGUUUAUAGGAUUGCAGUUCAUUGAGGGUAUGGUUGAGGGAGGAGGUAUGGGCAAGUGUGGAUUUCAGUUUGACAGUUUCAGUUCACUGAUUGGGGAAUUGGAUAUAUUGUGAAGCUGUGACUUGAAUUGUAUAACAUGUUAAAUCGUGUUCAUUGAGCUCCUGUCAACUGCUUUAUAAAAUUUAUUCUGAUCCUUGCUACUAUUGCAUGAUUGGAAAUGUUUAAAAGAUUGCACAAUUUUAGACUAAUGAAAUGGUUUUUGUAACCAGUUUUCUUCUCUCUGCAUGUAAUUUGGAUUUCUCAAAUACAUUUAUUAGUGACUUAUCAGUAACAUUUUUCCUUUUGUUCCUAAUUUAUAAAAAGUGAUAUUCUUAGGAUAGAUUACCAGAAAAAUUCUACUUGGUAGCUUAACAACUGACUAUUUUUGUAUUUUUGUAAUAUUUAUCCACUGAAUUGGAGAAGCAACCUCAUAAUAUACAGUUGAUUUUGUAUGUGUGUGUGGCUAUUUAUGUAAUUGAUGGUUUUAAGAACUAAACUUUUUAGAGCAAUAAAGUGACUAUAAUGUUAAGUAAA